UACAAAACUGCAUUGUAAAACAACAGUGCAACCUCUGAAACUUGAUUACGAGGAAGAGUGGAAUUUAAGAAGAAAAAGAAAAAUGAGAACCCACAAUUCAUUCUUGUUCAUGCUUUUAGUUGUACUCUACUUAUCAGUCCUUUGUGCAUCCCAAGACUUUGAUUUCUUCUACUUUGUUCAACAGUGGCCAGGAUCAUACUGUGACACAAAGCAAAGUUGCUGCUAUCCAACUACUGGAAAACCAGCAGCUGAUUUUGGCAUUCAUGGACUUUGGCCUAAUUACGAUGAUGGCUCUUACCCAUCAAAUUGUGAUUCUAAUAACCCCUUUAAUCAAAAGAAGAUUUCAGACCUAACCAGCAGUAUGCAAAAGAAUUGGCCAACCCUGGCUUGCCCAAGCGGCAAUGGAGUUACCUUUUGGACGCAUGAAUGGGAAAAACAUGGUACUUGCUCCGAGUCAAUCCUUGAUCAACAUGGCUACUUCAAGGCAGCUCUUGACUUAAAGAAGCAAAUAAACCUCCUCCAGGUCCUUCAGAGUGCAGAUAUAGUUCCAAAUGGGGGAACAUACAGCUUGAGCAGCAUUAAGAGUGCAAUUCAAGAAUCAAUAGGCUAUACACCAUGGAUCGAGUGCAAUUCUGAUGCAUCAGGAAACAGCCAGCUUUACCAAAUUUACUUAUGUGUAGACACUUCUGGAUCAAACCUUAUUGAAUGUCCAGUGUUCCCACAUGGAAAAUGUGGCUCACAAAUUGAGUUUCCUUCCUUUUAAAGGAGAAUGACAGUUGAUUCUUUUACUUUGAUUUGUCUUUAUUCUCUAAUCAUCAGUUAAUUAUGUACUGGUCGCAGUGGCUUGCAAUUCAAUAAAAUCCCUAGAAAUUCCGGUUACCAAUGAA